AAAGUACAAUCAAAACUGAAGCCGAAAGUGUGGUCAGAAAGACAGCAUUAGCUAUAGAGAUAUAACUGUGUUAAGGCAAGCGUAUUUAUAUUUAAAAUAUUACGUUUUUUUUUCAUGUCGUAUAGAAACGAUAAUUUGCGAACAUAAUCAGAAUAACUAUUCAGCUGGGAAUGAAGAUCAGAAGUCUCGUCCUUGCUUUGAUCUUUUUCGGGAUGGUCGUUAGCACUGAUGGUUUCCAGCUGCUCGGCUCUGCUGGUCCUCUAACAGCCCGGCUGGGAGGAGCUGUACUGCUGCCCUGCCUUGCGGACAGACCCCUGCCUUUGGAGGAGCUGGAGGUGGACUGGAGGAGGACUGACUCAGACACCAUCGUGCACCUAUUCCAGGGGGCUCAGAGCAGACCUGAAUCACAGGGGGACGCAUACAGGGGCAGAGCGCACUUCUCUCAGGAAAUCCCCAAAGGCAACUUCUCUCUGCUGCUUGAGGGUGUGAGGACUGCAGAUGCAGGAGUGUACAAGUGUGUGGUUUAUACAGAGCAGGAACACCAUGAAAAGCGGGUGGCAAUACAGCAAGUAGAGCGACUGGUGGUGACUGGUGCAGAUCAGGCUGUCUAUGCAGAUGCUGGAGAGGAUGUGACUCUUAGCUGCUCUGUGGACACCCAUGUUAAUGUGACAGAGCUUUAUGUGGAAUGGAGAAAAACAGACGAUGACAUCUUGGUCCUUCUUUAUGAUGGAGAGAUCAGACCGGAGUCUCAGCCUGAGAGAUACUCUGGAAGAGCUGAAUUCUUCAUUGAGGAAAUUCCCAAAGGAAAUUUCUCAAUGAAACUGUGGAAAGUCAGGACUGAAGACAAUGGAGAUUUCAUGUGUGAAGUCCACACAAAUACUGAUUCUGCCAAUACAACAGUCAGGAUAUCACCACUGGGCUAUUCAUCCCUGCACUGGUUGAUUUUAGUGCUGUGUUUUGCUGUUACGCCUGUAGUGCUAAUCACAGCUUUCUCUCUAAGGCAUUUAAAACUACCAGGUGAAUGCAAACAACCUGUGUUGUAUCACUGUUUAUACAUCACAGUUCCAUCCUUCAUGGUUUUCAUAGCGUUCAUCCUGUGGGGUGUAACUGAAGGAUCCACAGAAGAGGCUGUUACUUGUACCGCCAUCAGUCUGCUGAAUGUCCUCAUGUUGUUUCAUUUGAUGCCAAAAGAUUUAUUUACUGGUAUAGCAAGGACGAUUAAAGAUCGGGCUCACAGACUAGGAAGUGGAAUCUUUAUCAUUUAUAUAUGCACAUUUGCAAUCAUUGAGUUUACAACAAAUUAUUCCACAUAUACCGCUGUGAAAGUAGCAUUUGGAUAUGUUGUUGGUGUAUUUAUAGCUACAAUGAUCUUUAUAGUUUCUUUGCAAGUUGGCUACAUUUUUCUUCAGGGGAACAUAACACUGAGCACAAUUAAGAAAGUGCUGGGCGGCAUAGCUGUUCUUCUGAUUAUCUAUAUUUCAUUUGCAAUUGCUGUUGGCGUGUACCUCAUGAAAUAUUUCACAGCCACAGUGAGCAAAGAAAUGCUAACUGUAUUGAUAGUUCCAAUGAUUGUAGUACUAUUCCCAUUUGUCAGCUGUGGGAUUGUUCUGACCUGUUACAUAAUGAAACCUGCAGAAGAAAAGCGUCCUAAAAUAAAUUAUUUAUUUAUGUGUAUUCCUUCAUUUUCAUAUUUUAUGAUUCUUACUGUUUAUAACCAGCUUAUUACCUUGGUGCACAAUGUUUUUAUACCAGGAUAUUUACUUGUGAUUGUAAUAGCUCCUUCAUUAAUGUUUGCAUCGUUUGUCGUCGAAGUAUACAUGCAUUCAUGGAGACAUUUCUAUGCGAGUCAGAGGAUCCUAUUGGCAAUAUUAUUCCCCUUUCACCUAAUAAUAAGUGCCCAGUAUGUGAAUUUGACUCUGGAAGAUGACAAAGAGCGACUUGUGAAGUUGGCCCGGUAUACAUUCGUCUAUUCAUCGACUAUCAUAUCAUUCUUUGAUGACUGGCUUCGAUCUUGUUUACUUGGCAGACCCCGUAUCCUUCUCUAUUGGUUCGGGUCUGUUAGUCUCCCCCUGGUGAAUUCUAUUGCCCUGGCUGUAGUAUUAAUACUCAAAGCAGACACAGGAAAGAGGUCAUUGGACCUACAGGUUGUUGUCUUUUUUUCUGCGUCAUCCAUCCUCUUUAGCUGGUUUCUUAUCAAGAUCACUGAAUACUGGAUGGACAGAAAACAGGAAAUAAAACAAUCAUUUGCCUGUCUUCAGAGACACCAGGAUAAUGAGCCUCAUGAGCAGAUCUGUGGCCCUGUGCACUUCCUCCAUCCCUCACAUGAUGAUCAGGAGAUGGAAGCAUUUUCACCUACUGAUCCCAAUGGAACAGAAACAGGGGAGGGAUCACAUGAUGAUCAGGAGAUGGAAGCGUUUUCACCCACUGAUCCCAAUGGAACAGAAACAGGGGAGGUUACUUGGAGCGGAACUGAUAAAUCUGAAGGAUCCGAGAUACAACUUACAGGUUUCAGAUCUCAGGUCUCAAGUUUGCCAAAGAUUGUUGCGUAACCAAGCCGGUUACAUAAUCAGCUGACUGUUACAGUCCAUUUUGUUUACUGACAUGAAACACCUUGCUGGGUGUAAGAUGAACAUUUGCUUGAACAGGGUCCAUCUUGCCAUCAUAUUUUUCAUAUUUUUUGGUUGAUUUGGUCUCACAAUAUUUGCUUUGUAUAAAGCAAUAAAUCUUGAUUUGACACUAAACCUAAUACCAACCAUUACCAUAAUCCUAACCUUAGCCUCAACCCUAACCCUUACAUGGAAUAGUAUUGAAGAGUAUUAUUUUUUCAGCUGUGAAGUGAUUCUGUAUUUAAAUGUAAUGAUUGUCAGGAAUUUGUAUGUAGUGGUGUUCUUUCUAGGUGGCAUUGUGGCUUGGUGGGUAUGUAGUAAUCUCCUGAAACUGGUUAUGGUCAACAGAUUUUUUUUUGUCUCACUGUGAAUUUUGGUCUUUUUUUUCUCUUGUUCCUGCCCUGUCCCCAUAAAAUUUGAAACAUACCUAAUGAAACCCUAUUUAGUAAUCUAUUAUGUAUUUAUGUAAAAUGCAUGUGACCUUUGGAAUACUCUGUAGGUGGAAUUGUCAUUCUUGGCACAAGUGUAAACAAGGCCAGAGAACCAAUAAAGCCAUAAUUGUUGAC